AUGGCAACAUACAUUUACAAAAACUACAUUCGCCCAUCAAGGAAUGCGCCGCCAGAGCCGCCACCUUCAAAGUCAUGCCGACACCGUAGCGAACCUGACGCUUCACCGUGCCCGGAUUGCAAGGCAGAAAAGAGUAGGGCCACGAAAUACAGGUGGAAGAUUAUCUUGGGCUUGAUAUCCCCAUAUGCCCUUCAGGCACUCGACGCAACAAUUAUCGCCAGCGCCUUGCCUUGGAUUGCAAGCGACUUUAAUCAGCUCUCCCAGCAAAAUUGGAUAGUCUCGGCCUUUACCCUAUCCUCAGCAGCGUUCAUUCCCUGCUGGGCACAAUUAGCAGACGUGUUUGGGCGAUACGUCUCCCUCACAGCCGCAGUUUUGAUUAUGAUGAUUGGCAGCGCCUUGUGUACAGCAGCUCCCACAAAUGCCUUUCCCCUGCUGCUUCUCGGCCGCGGGUUUCAGGGCGUGGCGGCAUCGGGACUCAACGUCGUCGUUCGAACCAUCCUGGCCGAUCGGGUAACAUUGAAAGAAAACGCCAAGAACUGGGCCAUCUUCGCCAUUGUCGGCGGAGUUUCCUACGGUGUCGGCCCAGUGAUUGGUGGUUAUCUAUCUGGAGCUAAUUGGCGAUGGUGUUUUGGAAUUAAUCUGCCUGUAGGAGCGGUGGCGCUCAUCGCAAUCGUUUUUGUCCUCCGCAAGGAACUUCUGGGACCCCAGCCUAUCCCAGAACUGGACGAGACGGUCGAAACUGGCCGGAGGUCCAGAUUUGCGGCUCGCCUCAAGACCAUCGACGUUGGAGGUCAAAUUCUCUUUGUGCUCGGGUUCGGCCUGAUUGUCUUGGCUCUGACGUGGGGUGGCGUGACGUAUGCCUGGAACUCGGUGCCAGUUCUCGUGUCCCUUAUCGUCGGUGUCCUAUUAUCCGUCGCGUUCUUCAUUUGGGAGAGAAUGUUGUCACCAGGGAGGAUCCUGUCUGCCAAGCUAGUCAACCAGAGACCCAUGAUUCCCUGGGCCAUGUUGACGAACCGUGAUGUUGGCCUCAUCUUUUAUACUGAAAUUGCUACCGGCAUGGCCCUGUACUCGGUUUUGUUCUUUUGUAACAUUUACUUCAUUGCGGUAAAGGGUUAUCCCCCGGACAAAGCCGGAUUACAGCUGUUGUACUUUGUUCCCGGAAUGGGAGUCGGCGUCUAUCUCUGCGCCUUUGUUUGUAACCAGUGGCCCAGAAUGACGUUCCCGCCUCUCUUCUUCGGAACGCUCAUCGAAGCUGUCGGAGUUGGCAUGCUGGCCUGGGCCUUAUACAACGAACACCUGCCAACUAUUUUCGGAAUGAUGGCACUGACUGGGGUCGGCAUUGGCUUGCGAUUUAUGGUUGCCCCCCUGCAUGGAAUCGGCAUCUUCAAGAAUCAUCGUGCUGCGCUGAUUGGAUUGAUGGCUAUUGCCACCCCAUUCGGAGGCACUAUUGGCCUAACCGUAAUGUCGACCGUCUUUAACAACUCCUCGGGCCUUGAUUAUAAGCACAGCGACUUUUCCAAGAUUCAAGAACUUGGCGGUUCUGCGCUGGAGAAGGCAAUUCGUGACGCGAAAAUGGGGGUUGUUUGGGCGUAUGUUGCCAUUCUUCCCUUCAUCCUUGCGUCCUUCAUCUGUUGCUUCUUCCUCGGGAAUGUAAAGUUGGGCAACCGGUCUGCCGUUGAUGACGAAGACGCCAAUACAAACAUUGUCUUUACAGAACCCUAUCUCUGGAGCCUGAUCCGAGGGAGGACCGCGUUGCUUGAAGAAGCAGCGAUUCGGCUAGAGAGCUCGCACAGUAAAGAUGGUCCAAGAAGGCUCGAAGCGGUGUAA